AUGCAAAGAAAAAAAUUAGAAGCAAAAAUGAAGGAAGUUACUCAACUGGAUGAAGAUUACGCUAAAAUGAUUCAACAAAACGAAAUCGUGAAGAGAGAUGCCCAAAGGUUUGCCGAUAACUUGAUCAAAUCAAUUCAAGCAAAACUACAAAAUAUUAUGACCGCGUUGGAGAACCAGACGAAGAAGUCACUUGAAAGCCUGACAGCCAAACGAAGCGAGAUUCAGCAUCACAUAAAUAUCAUUGAAUCAUCACUGGAGGAAGCUGAUAAACUUCUAAAACGAAGUACCACAGUGGAAAUUGUUCAACUCAAAAAGUCAAUGCCGACAAUUUUUCAGGGUGGUAAUCAGACCGAGCCUAUUGUUUAUGACUCAAGUAGUCAAGAAGCUUUGAUUUUUGUAGAAAAUCAGAAGAUGCACGAUAUUGUCAACAUGGAAGAAAUUGGAUUCUUGAAAGGAGCUAAUCGAACAAAACCAAUCGAAUCUCUGGUUGAAGGUGAAGGACUAAAAGAAGGAAUUGUAGCGCGUAAAGCUCAAUUCACUUUGAUCACAAGAAACGUAGAGAGAAAACAAGCGUAUGAUGAGAGAGACUGUGUCACGGUAGAGGUUAAGGACGAGCAAGGCCAAGAAUGCGUGACGGAAGUGCGAAUGGAUGAUAACAAGAAUGGCUUCUACAACAUUAGUUAUUAUCCCAGAGUUCAAGGGACAUUCAAAUUAUUAGUUACGGUAAACGGGGAACAUGUUAGUGGCAGCCCUUUUACUGUGAUAGUAAAACCAUUUCAUGUCAAACCUGUUUUAUCUUUUGGAAAGGAAGGCUUGGGUGGUGGAAUGUUUAAGUAUCCUCUGGGGGUAGCAGUGACUGAUGGGGACGAAAUCGUAGUAGCUGACGAAAACAAUCAUCGGGUUCAAGUGUUUGACAGUAAUUGUACUUUCUUAAGAUCCUUUGGUCACAAAGGUGAAAAUGCUGGAGAGUUUAGCCACCCUUUUGGAAUAGUCAUUGAUAAGGACAGGAAUAUUUUUGUAUCAGAAUGGGGAAAUCAUAGAGUACAGAUCCUUAGCUGGGAGGGGAGGCAUCUGGGUUCAUUUGGCGGCCAAGGAAGCCUUGAUAGUCAGCUCCUUAACCCUUUCGGCAUAUCCCUAGAUAGUGCUGGUAAUGUAAUUGUUGCUAAUGCAGGUAACAAACUGAUUAAGAUGUUUACCCCGGAUGGUAGGUUUGUAAUUAAGAUAGGUGGACAGGGUUCUUUAAGUUUUCCUGUUCACUGUGUUCAGUGUGGUGAAUACUUCAUAGUGUCAGACCGAGAUAAAAAUUGUAUCAAAGUAUUUAACAGGGAGGGGCAUUUUCAGUACCAGUUUGGUAAGAAGGGGAAAGGGGACGGGGAGUUUGACCGUCCACAUUUUUUGUCAGUGACUCAGUCAAAGCACCUGUUGGUCUGCGAUCGCUACAAUCAUAGAAUACAAGUCUUUACGGUAGAUGGAACAUUUGUAGAAAAAUUCGGUUUUAAAGGCUCCGACUUAGGGCAAUUUAAUGAGCUAUUCUCAUCAGCUGUUUUAAAUAAUGAUUGUAUUGUUGUGCCUGAUAUACACAAUCAUCGAAUCCAAAUAUUUGCAGUUGCAUAAAAAGAAUUCUCCUUUUCCAUGAAGAGAAUGCAUGUGAGCAUCUUCCUUAAAGGAAGUUUGUGAUUUUAUUAUAGCACACUAGCAUCAACAGCGAACAAUUUUGCCGUGAUAGUUGAGGGUUCAGUCAUUUGUAAUUCAGUGUACUACGUUCAGUGAUUUUAUAAUCGGUGUUUUUCUUUCACCCUAGACAUUCAAACUUUGUAGUCUUAACCAAGUGGUUUUAAAAUAAAAACAUUCACUAUGAUUAAGAAGGUGUUUGACAGAUAAUUAGUGCAAAAAAUGUUAAUCCUGGUUUGAGUACUAUUGCGAACACCAUAGAAGCCCUUCUAAAAAUAAAUGUUACUUUUUUGUUGCCCUAGUGAGUUGAUUUCUUUGGAUUUGAAUAAACAGAGCUCCGUUACAUGAGGGUUCUCACCAACAAGAGCUUCUAAUAAAUAAGCGGGAAGAACUCGAAAAUCAGACAGCUUCAAAAUGUAAAACUUACAUCGUGGCCUCUAUUUAGUCCUUGGCAGUAUUUGCUGUGAAAUCCUCAAGCAUAACGUACCCCUACAUAUAACGACAUACCGGUAUAACGAAAUCCCGGUACAACGGGCCCCUUAAAAUAACAAGAUACCCCGGUAUAACUAACCCCUUAUAACCCAUUUCUCGUCUAACAAACCCCUAUAUUACGAAAUCCUGGUAAAACGAAACGCUGUGAAACGAAACUCCCGGAUAAAGACCCCCUAUAUAACAAAUUUCAGGUAAAAAAGCAAAAAAAAGCCCCUACAUAUAACAAAAUCCCAGAAAAAUGAACUACAUUUUUCGCCCCAGUUAUAACAAAAUUUAUGGCGGAAUAGGACCCCGUUAUAACGUUCCCUCUCCCCUCGCGUGUCUCUCUCGCGCGCCCCGUUCUUUCUUGCGCCCGUCACUUCCAAGCGUCUGCUACGCAGCCUAAGGAGCCACCGGAUUUGCGAAUUUGUCGUGUAGAAGAAACAGGCUAUAUAUUAUCGAAUUCAAUUAAGAAUGGAACGUUCCACCUGCCCGGAAUCGUGUGCACGGGGCGUUAGUUAGAAGGACCCGAUUUUUCAUCGACAGUAGUUUUUCAUGCUCACUCGCUGCAUAUGAGUGAUUUGCAUUAUUCACGGCUGUGGUUUUCACGCUACUGUGCUUACGCAAACAAAAUCACUCAUUACCAUCAGUGAUCAGUUUAGAGUUUGAGUAUUUCAAUAUGUGCUUGAAACGUUCAAACGAACGCAUGCAAGGUCUGCAAGUCUUUCAACAGUGUUUUAAUGGCUUCCUAAGCCUUUGAUUUAGGCGUAACGCUUCACUGCUUUAAAGGUUAUUCAUUGUUUCUGAAGGCAAUAUGGAUCUUGAUAACCGAUUUUGCAUGUUUCGAUUGAGAUGUACUGACCAAGUUGGUGUGAUGGGACCUUGCUAAUCACAUCUUCUACUUACGCCAAAACAUAGUGGCUAUACGAACUUGUUAUCCGAAAAAUGUAUUUGUUUGUUAGUUGAAAUUUGGUUAUUAAGGUAACAUUUCUGGGAAUCUCAAACCAAAACGCAAAACAAAAGUCUCUCAAAACAGCGCUCUUUGAUUGGUUAGCACACCUCUUGAUUCCGAGAAAAGCUAAACAUAGAAAGUCACAAGACUCCAUUGUUUGGUGUAGAGUGUCUCAAAGGUCACUUGUCGCUUGCUUUUAAGAAGACAUGGAUCUCACAACGCUAUUUUAUAACCUUCGUGAAGAAGUGUCUUGUUCAGUGUGUUCUGGCAUAUUUACAGAUCCUAAACAUCUCUCCUGUCUGCACAGUUUCUGCUUAAAGUGCCUUCAACAAUGGUACGAAACGUGCGGGGGCGGUGACGCCAUAAAAUGCCCGAAAUGCCAAACCUUCAGCCGAGUUCCUCCAAGCGGUGAACUAAAAGAUCUUCCAACCAGUUUUUAUUUGAACGGCUUGAUCGAUGUUCUUGCCAUCAAAGAAUGCAAGAAGACUCAAGUGAAAUGUGGAAACUGCGACAAGAAGAGAUCGGAAGUUUCGUACUGUUUCCAGUGUUGUAUCUUUUACUGUGAUCAAUGUGUGGCCGCCCACAAUAUUUUGCGAAGAAACAGAGAACACCGCGUGCUGGCCAUCAAAGAUUUUCACGACAAAGACUACGAGGAUGUAUUGAAGCGGCCAGUAUUUUGUUCAAGGCAAGAUCAUCAGGAAGAAGAGCUCAAAUACUACUGCAAGGAAUGUGAAACGACACUUUGUCAAACUUGCUUCGCUUUGGAUCACGGAGGUCAUGCACUGAAACUAAUUAAAGAAGAAGCUGAAACUCAAAAGCUCGAGAUAAAAUCUGUUAUUGAAAUGCACAGGAAAAAAUUAGAAGCAAAAAUGAAGGAAGUUACUCAACUGGAUGAAGAUUACGCUAAAAUGAUUCAACAAAACGAAAUCGUGAAGAGCGAUGCCCAAAGGUUUGCCGAUAACUUGAUCAAAUCAAUUCAAGCAAAACUGCAAAAUAUUAUAACCUCGGUGGAAAACCAGACCAAGAAGUCACUUGAAAGUUUGAGAGCAGAAAGGAGCGAGAUUCAGCACCAGAUAAGUGUUCUUGAAUCAUCACUGAAUGAAGCUGAUAAACUGUUAAAACGAAGUACCACAGCGGAAAUUGUUCAACUCAAACAGUCACUGCCGACAAUUUUUCAGGGUGUUGAUCAACCCAAGCCCAUUGUUCACGACCGCAGUAGUCUCCAAGCCUUCGUUUUCGUAGAAAAUCAGAAAAUGCUUGACGUUGUGAACGGGGAAGAGAUUGGAUUUUGGGAAGAACCUUACCGAACAAAACCAAGCGAAUGUUUGGUCGAAGGACUAAAAGAAGGAAUUGCUGGACAUAAAGUUCAAUUCAAUUUGAUCACAAGAAACGCAGAGAGAAAGCAGUGGUAUGAUGAACAGGAUCGUGUAACGGUAGAGAUCAAGGACGAGCAAGGACAAGAAUGCGUGACGGAUGUGCGAAUAGGUGAUAGCAAGGAUGGCAUCUACAACAUCACUUAUUAUCCCAUAGUUCAAGGGACAUUCAAACAUUUAGUUAAGGUAAACGGGCAACAUAUUGGUGGCAGUUCUUUUACUGUAAUAGUAAAACCAUUUCAUGUCAAACCUGUUUUAUCUUUUGGAAAGGGAGGCACGGGUGAAGGAAUGUUUAAGAAUCCUCUGGGGGUGGCAGGGACUGAUACGGACGAAAUAGUAGUAGCUGACGAGAACAAUCAUCGGGUUCAAGUGUUUGACAGUAAUGGUACUUUCUUAAGAUCCUUUGGUCACCAAGGCCAAAAUGCUGGAGAGUUUAGCCACCCUUUUGGAAUAGUCAUUGAUAGGGAUAGAAAUAUUUUUGUAUCAGAAUGGGGUAACCAUAGAGUACAGAUCCUUAGUUGGGAGGGGAGGCAUCUGGGUUCAUUUGGGGGUAUGGGAAGUCUUGAUAGUCAGCUCCUUUACCCUUUCGGCAUAUCCCUAGAUAGUACAGGUAAUGUAAUUGUUGCUGAUGCAGGUAACAAACUGAUUAAGAUCUUUACCCCGGACGGUAGGUUUGUAAUGAAGAUAGGUGGACAGGGUUCUUUACGUUUUCCUGUUCACUGUGUUCAGUGUGGUGAAUACGUCAUGGUGUCAGACCGAGAUGAACAUUGUAUCAAAGUAUUUAACAGGGAGGGUCAUUUUCAGUACAAGUUUGGUAAGAAGGGGAAAGGGGACGGGGAGUUUGAUUGUCCUCAUUUUUUGUCAGUGACUCAGUCAAAGCACCUGUUGGUGUGUGAUCGUUACAAUCAUAGAAUACAAGUCUUCAAAGUUGAUGGAACAUUUGUAGAAAAAUUCGGUUUUAAAGGCUCCGACUUAGGACAAUGUAAUGAGCUAUUCUCAUCAGCUGUUUUAAAUAAUGAUUGUAUUGUUGUGCCUGAUAUACACAAUCAUCGAAUCCAAAUAUUUGCAGUUGCAUAAAAAGGAUUCUCCUUUUCUAUGAAGAGAAUGUGAGCAUCCUCCUUAAAGGAAGUUGUGAUUUUAUUAUAGCAUACUAUCAUCAACAGUUAACAAUUUUGCUAUAGUUGAGGGUUCAGUCAUUUGUAAUUCUGUGUACUAUGUUCAGUGAUUUUAUAAUCGGUGUUUUUCUUUCAUCCUAGACAUUCAAACUUUGUAGUCUUAACCAAGUGGUUUUAAAAUAAAAACAUGUAUUAUGAUUAAGAAGUUGUUUGACAGAUAAUCAGUGCUAAAAAUCUGAAAAUGUUAAUCCUGGAUUGAGUACUAUUGCAAACACCAUGUAAUGGAAUGUCUGUAACAAUAAAAAUUGCUUAAAAUCAAACUAACCUACAUAACAAAUGUAAGAUGCAACUAAGGGUAUAUAUACGUCCGACAAGACCAAGCAAUCCGUACAAACAAGGAUAUAUACGUUGUCAAGCGUUACAAACGUCGUUACUUCGUGUGAAUCGCUCCAACUGAUACAUCGAGAAACUCCGUUCAACAACAAAACUCAUCACGUGAUCUAAAAGGGCGGGGAAACAAGAAAAACAGGGAACCCAGCCGCAACAACAAAUGAAAAGUGGAAAUUUGUUUACCAUUUACAAGUUUCUUGAGUUUCUACUAGUUUCAUGAGUCCAGUCUAGCGCGGCGCGACAAUCCGGACAUUUUAAGCAAAUGGUAAAAGACACGUACCGUUCUUAUUUCCGGAAUUUUUUAAUAAAUAGUAAACAACCCAAGACUCCACGACUAGGAAUCCAGCAUACACUACAUGGAAUUUGGAAUCCAGAAUCGAAGACUGUGUUGGAUUACCUUUUUUUAAUACAUAGGGUGAAAAAACCUUCCUUUUUAUAGGUUGCCCAGGCAAGGGAAGUUCAUUUUAAACGACUUAGAGAGACUAAAAGUAAAGACAGCGAGGAACAUUGGAAAUCACUGGGUCCAAGCCACAUUGACUCGGACGUGCUUAGAAACUACUUCAGGCUCGCUUUUAAUUCCUAUACACCAUAUGUGACAAUAAAAGUGGCCUGAAAUUAUUCGCCACUUAGUGCACCAAUAUGUGAUUUCAGGGAUCGCCAGUUUCAUCAUUAUUACUACACGAUAUAUGGUUUCCAAUAACUAUUAUCAAUUAUGCGUAGGAAAUUGAAAUAAUGACAAAAAUGUCAGGUGAUAGAUUUCCUACGGAGAAAAUAGUAACCAAAUAGACGCUCUUCUAAAAAUAAAUGUUACUUUUUUGUUGCCAUAGUGAGUUGAUUUCUUUGGAUUUGAAUAAAUAGAGCUCCUUACAUGAGGAUACUCACCAACAAGAGGUUCUAGUAAAUAAGCGGGAAGAACUCGAAAAUCAGACACCUUCAAAAUAUAAAUAGUGUUUUCACAUGACGUCACGGCGGCCAUAUUGGUGCCCCAAACAAUGAAACGACGGCCAUGUUGGUGUCCCAAACCAAUCCUCUGGGAGUUGAACUCUUUUCUUAUGCAAACGCUUUCUUUUGUUCCAAUAAAUUUGCAUAACUGCUGGCCACGUGAGUGAAAACACUCUAGUUAGUCCCCUUGAAAGUAUUUGCUGUGUUAAGUAUAACGUACCCAUAUAUAUAACGACAUACUGGCAUAACGAAGUCCCGGUUCAAUGAGCCCCUUAACAUAACAAGAUGUCCCGGUAUAACUAACACCGUAUAACCCAUUUCUUGUCUAACGAACCCCCUAUACUACGAAAUCCUGGUAAAACGAAACCCUGUGAAACGAAACUCCCGCAUAACGAUCCCCUAUAUAAAAAAUUUCCGGUAAAAAAGCAAAAAAAAGCCCUUAUAUAUAUAUAUAUAUAAAAAAAAAAAUCCCACAUAAAUGAACUACAUGUUUGGCCUCAGUUAUAACAAAAUUUAUGGAAUAGGACCCCGAUAUAACGUUCCCCCGUUAUAAGGAACGAUUCAACAAUUUCGCGCCCCCCCUUAGUACUUGUUAAAUUGGGAUUCCACAGUACAGAAUCUAAAACAGAAUAAAGGCUUGUAGGACUGAAAAAAUAACAGAAACACGUUUGACCCGCGCUAGACACCGGGAACUCUGGACAACCGACAAACCAAUCCAGUUGGCGGUCGACUCUCUCGAUUCAUGGCUUUCACUCUGAUUCACUCCAAGAAAGAUAAACUUCCUUUAAUACUGCGCUAUUUUGUUUUCUUUAACCGGUAGCUUUCAAUUUUUCCGGGAUUAAUUAUGCCAAUGUCGUUAAAAAAGCUUACAACAAUACAUUUUUGUACUUAGAAGGAUACCCAUGAAUAUGGGGGAAAAAUUUUACGCUUAAAAAAACCACACACACAAGAUAACACUGCCCCGUAAACACGAAUCACGAAGCAUAUUUUUGACCCCAGUCAAUUCGCUCACCAAAACGAAAUAUUUUGGUAAACGCUCUCCAUAUGCAGAGUGUUUUUUUUUGGUAUUUUUGGGUGGGAUUCGCUAGCCUUUGAAGAAGGCGCUUGGAAGAAAUGGGUGCAAGAAAGAAUGCGAGGGAGACACGCGAGGGGUUGCUCCGUCUCCCCUCGCGUGUCUCUCUCGCACGCCCCGUUUUUUCUUGCGCCCGUCACUUCCAAGCGUCUGCUACGCAGGCUAGGGAGCCACCGGAAUUGCGAAUUUGUGGUGCAGAAGAAACAGGCUAUAUAUAAUCGAAUUCAAUUAAGAAUGGAGCGUUCAACCUGUCCGGAAUCCUGUGGACGGGGCGUUAGCCUGAAGGACCCAAUUUUUCAUAGCCUGUACGUUCACAGACCCUCUAUUUUCUCUUCAAAGUCCGUCGAGCGCGCAUGAUGAAAAAUAAACCGCGGGGGAUUUAUUGACCGCCAGCGCAAGGGGGUAGGGGUGGGGAAGAAGGAAAUAGACGUUAUUUAUUUUUCGCGCUCGUUGUUUGAAAUCUGUUUUCCGAAAGAACGAAAAGAAAGAAAGGCAGGAGCACCCAACAACGGUUUCCACCCAAAUUCAUUUAAAACAGUUUUUAGGCUAGAGUAUUUUUAGACCUCUAGAAAUGCAUUCUAAGCGGCGCUAUAAAAUUUGUAUCUGUUCGGUCAUCCUAGGAGAACUUGAGUCUUUUCGAAAUUAUAAGGGCUUCAGUAUUAUUUUCCCGAAAAUUUUAGGUUUCCUUUUUCCUACGAAAAAUAGCCUAACCUGGGGUGUGAAAUGUGAAAAUCAAACUUCAGAAAAUCGUAGGGAAUUUAUCAAAUUAGCUUCGAAAUUCGUACGUGAAUGGAAAGGUCAUUUAGAAAUUUUUAGCCUUCUUCAAGUAAUAGAAAAUUCUAGGCAAUACUUGCUUCUCCAGUCGUUGGGUGCCCCUGUUAAGGUAACAUUUCUGGGAAAUCUCAAACCAAGACGCAACACAAAAGUCUCUCAAAACAGCGCUCAUUGAUUGGUUAGAACACCUCUUCAUUCCGAGAAAAGCUAAACAUAGAAAGUCACAAGACCUCACUGUUUGUUGAGGAGUGUCUCAAAGGUCAUCAGUCGCUUGCUUUUGAAGAGAAAUGGAUCUCACAACGCUAUUUUACAAUCUUCGCGAAGAAGUGUCUUGUUUAGUGUGUUCGGACUUAUUUACAGAUCCUAAACAUCUCUCCUGUCUGCACAGUUUCUGCUUAAAGUGUCUUCAACAAUGGUACGAAACGUGCGGGGGCGGUGACGCCAUAAAAUGCCCGAAAUGCCAAACCUUCAGCCGAGUUCCUCCAAACGGUGAACUAAAAGAUCUUCCCACCAGUUUUUAUUUAAAUGGCUUGAUCGAUGUUCUUGCCAUAAAAGAAUGCAAGACGACUCAAGUGAAAUGUGGAAACUGCGACAAGAAGAGAUCGGAAGUUUCCUACUGUUUCCAGUGUUGUAUAUUUUACUGUGAUCAAUGUGUGGCCGCCCACAAUAUUUUGCGAAGAAACAGAGAACACCGCGUGCUGGCUAUCAAAGAUUUUCAAGACAAGGACUACGAGGAUGUAUUAAAGCGGCCAGUAUUUUGUUCACGACAAGAGCAUCAGGAAGAAGAGCUGAAAUACUACUGCAAGGAAUGUGAUACGACACUUUGUCAGACUUGCGUCACUUUGGAACACGGAGGUCAUGCACUGAAAUUAAUCAAAGAGGAAGCUGAAAGUCAAAAACUGGAGAUAAAAUCUGUUAUCGAAAUGCACAGGAAAAAAUUAGAAGCAAAAAUGAAGGAGGUUACUCAACUGGAUGAAGAUUACGCAAAAAUGAUUCAACAAAACGAAAUCGUGAAGAGAGAUGCCCAAAGGUUUGCCGAUAACUUGAUCAAAUCAAUUCAAGCAAAACUGCAAAAUAUUAUAACCUCGGUGGAAAACCAGACCAAGAAGUCACUUGAAAGUUUGACAGCAAAAAUGAGCGAGAUUCAGCAUCAGAUAAAUAUCAUUGAAUCAUCACUAGAGGAAGCUGAUAAACUUCUGAAACGAAGUACCACAGCGGAAAUUGUUCAACUCAAAAAAUCACUGCCGACAAUUUUUCAGGGUGGUAAUCAGACUGAGCCAAUUGUUCAUGAUUCAAGUAGUCAAGAAGCUUUGAUUUUUGUAGAAAGUCACAAGAUGCGCGAUAUUGUCAACAUGGAAGAAAUUGGAUUCUUGAAAAAAGCUAGUCGAACAAAACCAAUCGAAUCUCUGGUUGAAGGUGAUGGACUAAAAGAAGGAACUGUAGCUCGUAAAGCUCAAUUCAAUUUGAUUACAAGAAACGCAGAGAGAAAGCAAGCAUAUAAUGAGAGGGACCGUGUCACGGUAGAAAUUAAUAAGGACGAGCAAGGACCAGAAUGCGUGACGGAAGUGCGAAUAGAUGAUAAAAAGAAUGGCAUCUACAACAUCAGUUAUUAUCCCAGAGUUCAAGGGACAUUCAAAUUAUUAGUUACGGUAAACGAGGAACAUGUUAGUGGCAGUCCUUUUACUGUGAUAGUAAAACCAUUUCAUGUCAGACCUGUUUUGUCUUUUGGUAAAGAAGGCUCAGGUAAUGGAAUGUUUCGGUCUCCACGACCACUUGCAGCGACUGAUAGGGACGAAAUAGCAGUAGUUGACAAUGGUAACCAUCGAGUUCAAGUGUUUGACAGUAAUGGUACUUUCUUAAGAUCCUUUGGUCACAAAGGUGAAAAUGCUGGAGAGUUCAGCUAUCCUAAUGGAAUAGCCAUUGAUAAGGAUAAAAAAGUUUUCAUAGCAGACAUGGGUAAUCAUAGAGUACAGAUCUUAAGUUGGGAUGGGAGGUACCUGGGUUCAUUUGGCGGCAAAGGAAGCCUUGAUAGUCAGCUCCUUAGCCCUUGGGGUUUAUCUUUAGAUAGUACUGGUAAUGUUAUUGUUGCUGAUAGAGGUAACAAACUGAUCAAGAUCUUUACCCCGGAUGGUAGGUUUGUAAUGAAGAUAGGUGGGGAGGGUUCUUUUAGUUUUCCUUAUCACUGUGUUCAGUGUGGUGAAUAUUUCAUAGUGUCAGACUCAGGUGAACGCUGUAUCAAAGUAUUUAACAGGGCGGGGCAUUUUCAGUACAAGUUUGGUAAGAGGGGGGAGGGGGACGGGGACUUCAAUAGUCCACGUUUUUUGUCAAUGACUCAGUCAAAGCACCUGUUGGUCUGUGAUGGGGGUAAUAACAGAGUACAAGUCUUUGAACUAGAUGGAACGUUCGUAGGAAAAUUCGGUUUAAAAGGCAGCAAAUUAGGAGAACUUAUUGGGCCAUUAUCGGCGGCUGUUUUAAGUAAUGGCCAAAUUGCUGUGUCUGAUACAUGCAAUCAUCGAAUCCAAGUAUUUGCAUGA